AUGGUGCUGGCGCCCAUGGAGCAAGUCACGGACUGUGCAUUCCGUCGGCUUUGCUUCGAGUUGGGCGCAAGCUUCACAUGGACGGAAAUGGUGAGGGCUGCCGCACUCCUCCGGCAGAACAACUCCACCACCAGCCGCAUUGACACCCUGGACGCCUCGACACCCACAGGGGUCCAGCUGCUGGUCAGCAGCCCGGAGGAGCUGCAAAAAUCCCUGGAGCUCCUGGAGGAGCGGGCGCAGAGCGACAAACCUCACUGGGCGCGUGGAAUCCAUGGCAUCGACCUGAACUUCGGGUGCCCCUCGCCCCACAUCAUCAACGACGGCCUGGGCCCGGCCAUGCUGAACCGGCCCCAGCUGCUGCGGGAGCUCUUCGAGAUCUUGGCCCAGUGGCGCGGCACCACCUCGCUGCCGGUGGGCGCCAUCGGCGCCAAGAUGCGACUGGGCCUGAAUGAGGACGAAGAGCGCAGGGAGGUGUACUUGCGCGCCGUGCGAUAUGCCAAAGGCCGCCUUGACUACAUCGUGCUCCACCCACGGCAUGCCCGCGAGGAGUCAAAGAAGAGCGCCGCACGUUGGGAGCACAUCCGCAAGGCCAAAGAAGUGGCAGGCAACCGGCUGGCAGUCAUCGGGAAUGGCGAUGUCUGGGCUCGUGCGGAUGCUGUGCGCAUGCUGCGCGAGACAGGCUGUGACGCGGUGAUGGUUGCAAGAGGCGCCACCCGCACGGCGGGCGCGAUCUUCGACCCCAGCUGGGACGACAGCGACGCGGCGACGGCGCAGCGCGCAGCUGCCACGGAGUCGCGCCUGGCCGAGCUGACUGGACAAUUUGGAGUCAGAUCGAAGAUUGCGGAGUACCACAAGGAGUCCUUCCGCCGGGUGCGCGCACGAGGCUCUCGUAGAGCUUUACGGCUGCUGUGGGAGGAGCUGAACUGGUGGCUGAUGAGGGUCACUUGGCUGUGCACAGAAGGGCGGAGGGAUGUGGAUCACCCGCACCAGACAGCAUUCUGCCGCGCUAGGCGACAAACAUCCUUCGGAAAAGGGCCUUACAUCUCAUCUUGCACGGGCCAACUCCGACGGCCAAGUCUCGAGCGCUCUGGCUGGUGUUUCGCAAAGGAGCACCGACAGCUCGAAGAGCCGAUUUCCGCGGAAGAGCGGCAGGGGUGCGUCACCAAGUUCUUCGCCGAGGAGGUGCGUAUCCAGCCGCUUGGCGCAGGCUGA